UGAAAUUCUCACAAAUCAAGAGCCUACCAUUAAACAUUCUUGUUUCUCUAUACAACAGUUUGGUUGUAUUGUCAUGCUUAGAACUAUACGGAAAUAAAUGCAUCUCAAAUCUGGAUUGUGUUUAAGUAUAAACAAAACAUCUGCUGAUAAUAAGAAUGGAUAAGAAUAAAUAUACAGAAAACACAUUUCGAUGGCUAACGUGAGAGCAUUCCAAGACUGUUUAGAAAACAAUGUUCCAACUUGAGCUCUAAUUUCUUUUUAUUUUUUCAAUGUUCCGUCUCACCCCUAUAUUAAUUAUUCAAUUAGAGCGAUAUUGUGGAUAGCAUUUCCCGGUGGAGUACCAUUCUACGAAUUGUCCUAAACUGCUGUGCUAUUAUCUGGAAAUUUAAUGCCACAACUGUCGAGUCAUUUUCUGUCAUUUUCCUAUUAAUGUAAUGAGUUACAUCCUCUACUGAUCCGAAAUUUGCUUAUGUGCGUGAAUUCACGAAAUUUGUGAUAUGUGUCGUACACCUACAAAAUAAAUUUUAAUAGUUUUUAUCCAGGUAGGUCUUGGUGAUGUAAAACCACUGACCCACAUUCAAAGCAAUGCUGAGAUAACGUAUGUACAAUCGGCCCUCGUAUUUACCACAAUCUGGCCAUAUAUGGUGUAUUUAUGUCACGAAGAGAGAAAAAUCAAUGCCAUAAUACUGUAGAAAAAAAAACAUUCAGUCUAAAAUUAUCUUAAAUCUAUUAUUAGUUUCCUAAUCCAAAAUUUGAUGCCGUGUUUGCCAUAACUAGCGUAAUGCAGUUUAUUGAUUUUUUUGCCCUUGUAGAAACCCCCAACAUGGUCAGAUCGAGGUUUCGUCGAUGUUUUAUAUAUGUUUUGAUCUAUUUUUACUCUGCUUUGAGAAUAUCUGCGUCAGCCGCAAUAUUGACGUUUAGAUUUAGUAGUGCAGCUUAGAUUGACGACACGACCAUGAAUUCAGCCAUGCGGGUUUCACUUAAUCCACCAAUGAAAAAGGCUGUUACAGCUAGAACAAUUACUAGGAAUGUACAUUCAAAUAGGGUGACGUAAGCCGUGAUGCUGUGUGACGUCACACGUAUUCUCAUAGACAUAUUACGAUGAUAGUGAAAUAUAUACACGUGAUGGCAGACUAUUACUCGAUGUUGAAGUCUAAUCGAGAUGGUGUAACAUGCAUGGAAUAUAGCAGCCAAUUUGUAUUUGAGCUUGGAUAUUUUAAUGCAAUCUGGCGUUUAAUUUUGAUUUUCAUGAUUCUACAAAACUACCAUCUUUGCAGCAUCAGGAUUUGGAAUUAAACAAAUUAGAAGCUUCUGCUAUUCCAUCGACCACUGUUGAUCUUAGUCUCUCCUCGCAGAAACCUGAAGGUCAAAACACAUCCCCAAUGCUGCUUUUGCAAUCACAGUCCUCUUACAACGCCGGAACAGGAUUUCAGACGGAUCCUAGUUGUAUUUAUCCUUCCUGUGGAACUCAGGCACCGGGUAUGUUUCAUUCCCCUAAUGUCGGUGGCAACAUUCCAGACUUUGGUGACAACUUUUUCCAAAACGACGAUGUAACUCCUAUUACAAUGCCAAGUCAGUUUAACAUUGGCUCUUGUGAAUUCCAACAAAGUUCUCAUGGGAUGUUUGAAGGACCAUAUUCUUAUGACAGUUCUGUCAUGGAUAAACAACCGAUGAAACCUCCUGUCUCUUUUGGUGAUAAUACAAGAAGUGGUAAUAUCCCACAUCAAAAAGUUGAUGAACCGGUGUUUGCCUAUGAAGGCACUUUCCAGAGUUUUCCUGCAAUGGAUACUCAUUAUCAACAACAAUUACUGAAUCAAAACACAAAGCCAUUUGUACGUUCCGGUUUGUUUUCACCACAUCAGAAUGUAUUUCCAGAAAGCCAUACGGAUUAUACAAAUUUAGACAAAAAAAUGGCCACUUAUUCUCCUAUUCAGGCCUAUAGUGGCAAUUCAAAUACAUGUUCCCGAGGAGAAACCACAUUCCAAAAUUACGACCACCCCUUCCCAGGGAACACCUUACCUCAGUCAGACGUAUGUUAUCCCUGCCGUGACGUUCCUUUCCGUAACUCAUACGGAAUUGAUCACAGUUCUCUACAAAUCCAGAGGCAAAUGUCUCAUCAUGGGCAACUAAAUCUCACACUUCCACCACCAAGACCUAACGACGGCCUGAAAUAUCAUAUGGGGUCACCCACUACAUCUCCCACAUCUCUCUCAUCAAGAUCUUCACCCAGCAGUGGACAUGAAGGGCCACAACGAGAAGGCAUGCUGUGUGCUGUUUGUGGUGACAAUGCUGCUUGUCAACACUACGGGGUCAGAACCUGCGAGGGAUGUAAAGGAUUCUUCAAGAGAACUGUUCAGAAAAAUGCAAAGUACGUCUGUUUGGCUGAUAAAAAUUGUCCCGUUGACAAACGAAGACGAAACCGGUGUCAAUUCUGUCGAUUUCAGAAGUGUUUAUCAGUAGGAAUGGUAAAAGAAGUUGUUCGAACCGACAGUCUUAAAGGGCGUAGAGGACGACUUCCCUCCAAGCCAAAGAGCCCUCAGGAGUCGUCCCCCUCCCCUCCAGUCAGUCUCAUCACCCUGCUUGUGCGGGCACACCUCGACUCUAGCCCUGAUAAGUCAAGCCACUGUUAUUCAAAGUAUGAAGUGCCUUGCACGAAAUCAGAGGGGUGCACUGAGAAGACAGCAAAUAUGUUCUACGACCUCAUUACUUCUUCAGUGAACAUCAUUAAAGCAUGGUCGACCAAAGUUCCCGGUUUUUCUGACAUAUGUCAAGAGGAUCAAAACAUGCUUUUCAAAUCGGCAUCUCUUGAGCUCUUCGUUUUACGGCUUUCCUACAGGAUGCAAGGAAAUACAGACAAUGUUAUCUUUGAAAAUGGCACAGUGCUUCAUCGAAAACAAUGCGAAGAAAUCUUUGGAGACUGGAUAAAUUCCAUUGCUGACUUUAGCACAUCUUUAUACAGAAUGUCUCUAGACAUUUCAGCACUGGCAUGCAUGGAAGCCCUGACUCUUAUAACAUUGAGACAUGGAUUAAAAAACCAAGCUAAAAUGGAAGAAGUCCAAAUGAAAAUCAUCGACAGUCUGAGAGACCACUGUGUAUACAAUAGCGAGGCCCAGAAAAAGCCUAACUACUUCUCCUCUAUCUUAGGGAAAGUAGCGGAACUGAGAACUCUAAGUCGCCAGGGCAUUCAACGAAUGGAGCUUCUGAAAAUGGACACAAGCGAAGUUUCUCCGGCUCCAACUAUGAUUGAAGACAUUUUCUUGUCCAGUGAAUUACCAUUUUAGCUAAUCAGUACGGCAGUUAUUGUCAUGUUUUUUGAUAUUUUGUGUGUCAGUGGUAGAUUUUUUUUUUUAUUUCACGUAUAAUUCUUUGAACGAGAUGCUUUAUCAUAUGUCAUAUCUAUCUUUAUAUUUAUUGAUGUUGAUCAGAAAGGUGUUUAGAAUUAUAUGUCGUGCUAUUUUUUAGUUCUUUCUUUAAAGAUUGAAAUUGUCUUUUUACGUUCUUGGUCAUCAAUAUAAGCUUUUCGUGGUACUUUUUGUAGAAGUGCAUACUUGUCUCAAUACAUUUCAUUAUUCAAUAAUUUAUAUGUGACCAAAAAUCAACAUUAUUUUUCAUUGAGUAGUUAUAGUACACGUGAUGCUUCAAGUGUGGUGUAUGUCGUUUAACGUCCGAUUAGUUUAACUUUUAUCAAUUUUACUAUUUAAAUAUUGUAUUAUUUAAUUUUCUUCAUUUUGAAGAUGUCAAUAGCCUUGUGCAUUAUCAUAUUUGAUGUAUCUGGUUCAUUUCUACAAAGUUUUUGUUUCUGUAUUUACCCACUCUUCUGCAUAAUACCAAAUACAAAGUAGUUAUAGCUCACCUUUGAUCUGCCAGUAAUUUUGAGUAGUACUUGUUGUAAUCAGUAUUUUUAUUGGUUUUACCAUGUUAUUUGUCGAUAUGCUCUAGUCAAGUGCUACUGUUAGGUAACCAUUUUAUUUUAAAUCAUUUUUUUUUCUUCCGAGGAUGUGGGAGGAAGGGGGCUUCAAGAAAAAAAAAUUAUUAUCUUGAAUAAAAAGAAACAAUAUUUAAAAAAACUAAAACUAUGUAAUUAUCAUUGCUCAUACAAAGAUAUUUUACAUAAAAGAUAAAAUACUGAAAAAUAUUUU